AUGCUCGGAAGUAUCCGGAUCUGCUCUGGAAUUGAGCUGGGGGACGUAUCCCGCUCUGCGGCACCCACAUAUGACUAUAUCAUUGUCGGUGGUGGUACAGCAGGUUGCUGCCUCGCAUCUCGACUCAGCGAGGAUCCAAAUGUUACCGUCCUCCUGAUCGAGCGAGGAGGCGUCGCCGAUACUUGGGCCAAUACAGUACCCCUCAUAUCUUCAAACAUAUUCAAGAAAGAUGGCAUAGCCAAGCCUUUGGACUCCGAGCCACAAAAACAUGCAGACGACCGCGUUAUUGCUCUGAUGCGGGGCCAAGCAUUAGGAGGUACCUCACGAGUGAACGGCAUGGCUUAUACUCGUGACGUUGCCGCCGACUUUAAUCGCUGGCGGGAUAUGGGGCACCCAGAUUGGAGCUACGAGAAGAUGCUUCCAUUCUUCGUAAAAUCCGAAGCAGCCCUUAGCCAUCCCGACUCGAAGUUUCGAGGCAAGAAAGGUCCAUGGGUGAAUCAGACUUUUCCUCACGCUAAAGAGGCGGCAAAGAGCUUUGGAAUCCCAUUUUAUCCUGAUUGCAACGAUCCUUCGUUGCCAUCCAUUAGCUGUGCUCCAAUCGACAUCACCGUAAAUCAAAACAUGAGGCGUUGUUCAACCUAUUCCGCCUUUCUGCCGCCGCCUCUGGCUCGUUCCCGCAAGGAUCGUCUCAAGAUCUGCACUGAUACGGUUGCAGAGCGCCUAGUCUUCAGUCACAACUCUGAAGGGCGGCCACGAGCUACUGGCGUUGAGUUUGGGCACCGAGAUGGAACUGGCGUCUCCUACUUUGCAAAGGCCAGGAAGGAAGUUGUUGUGUCUUGUGGCGCCCUCGAAUCAGCUCAACUCCUUCUCCUCAGUGGCAUUGGCCCAGCCAAUCAUCUCAAAAGCUAUGGAAUCGAAGUCGUCCUCGAUAAUCCCGGUGUGGGCAACAAUCUAAAAGACCACGUCGACGUGCCUGUGAUGUGGAAUAUCCCACUUGGCGAGUCUAUUCACGUCAUCCUCGAGAAACCAUGGCGAGCAUGUGCCGAAUUGUUCAAAUACCUGCUUUCAAGGAAAGGUGUUUUCAGCGACCCUUUUGUGCAUGAGGCUAUUUUCCUGCCGUCAAGAUUUCUGAAUCUUGACGCGACGCUUCCAAAAAAUAGACCCGACCUCGAGAUAAAGCCGAUGCCGAUAUAUGGCAUGGACCCGCCGCGCAAUGCCACGACGGUUCAUGUGAAGGAAGGUGUUAUGAAUUUCAUGGUCUGCCUUCUACAGCCAAAGUCUUCCGGUUUCGUCCGACUGAACUCUCCUGAUCCUUAUGACAAAGUAAAGUGCGACCUCGGGAUGCUUUCCGACCCCGAAGACAUAGCCAUCUUGACUAAAGGCGUUCGUCUUUCAUUAAACCUAGCCGAACAGAUCCAAGCGCAAGGAUAUCCUAUCAAGACAUACCAUCGUCCGAGUUCAGACCCAGACGCUGACAUCGAGACGUACAUUCGGGCAUACGCAAGGAGUGGGUACCACUACAGCUCUACGUGCUGGAUGGCUCCAUUUGAUAGCACGCAUCUGGCUCAUCCGAUGGCGCCUAUCGUCGCUAUUGCAGAGAAGUGUGCGUGGUCAAUUAGGAGCGCCCAAUUCAAGUCGAAAUAAGCGAAUACAUACGAUGUCCUGCUUCUCUUCACAAUUUUUUCUUUGAGUUUGUAAAGUUUAAAACAUAUCGAGGGCUCUGAAGGACGAACAUGAUUAUUUAAUUAAUUCAGUCCGAACGCGCAUUUUUGGCGUACAGACACUUGUCGAUUUCCGAGCACUGUAGUGGCGGUUUUCUCCCUCUAUACAAUUUCCUUCAGGACGACCGAAUCUCCGUAGAUUGUGUUG